AUCCCCACAACCACUCUGAGGUGACUCGAUCAGUCAUCGCGCCAUAUCGCCGGCAUUUCUGCACAGCGAGCAGUGCAGGAACAGGCGUCAACAUCAGACACGUCUCUAGAGCUGUUAGCAGCCGAUCUGAAGUACCAUGGCAGACAAGAAAGAAUACUUCGUGAAGACCUUCACGUCGUCUAAGAAGGGUGCGGGGACGGACGCGAACGUCUUCAUCACACUUACCGGCGAGAAGGGCACCACCAGCGAGGUUCAGCUCAAGGCCGAGGGGAAACAGGACCCAUUUGAACGGGGAAAGAUGGAUAUAUUCCGGAUCUGGGUGGACAAGGACCCGGGAACCCUGACGAAGAUCCGGAUCCGGCAUGACAACAAGGGGAUGUUUCCCGGAUGGCGGCUUGACAAGGUGAGUGUGAUAGAAGAGGGGACCGGAGUGACCAGCGUCUUCCCGUGUUUCCAGUGUUUGUCCAAACUUUGCGGCGGCAUCGACCUGGAGCUGCCGGUCAGCAAGGACACGAAAGCCCAACAGUUGAGAAUCAACAAAGUUGACUUCCUGCGGGAGCAGAACGCGCCUCUGCACCACACGGAUGAGUACGACUCGCCGCUCGUGGUGGUCCGCAGGGGAGCGCCCUUCCUGCUCAAGCUCGGCUUCGAUCACGGCUUCGAUCGUCUGAAGGACAACAUCGUCUUGGAGUUCCGCACAGGCAACACGGACAAACCCUUCGCCAACAAGGGCACGGAGGUGAUCGUGCGGGUCGGGGACGGGCCGGGUGAUCACGGAUGGGAGGCCGAGCUGUCUUCCGUGAAGGAAGGGGAACCCUGGGCGGUGGUGUCCGUCACUCCCCCCGCGCAGUGCCCCGUGGCCAAGUGGCGCAUGUCCGUGGAGACCAUCUCGGAGGGACUGUCGUAUGAGACCCGUUACGACAGCGAGCUGGUCAUUCUCUUCAACCCUUGGUGUGAAGAUGACGAGGUUUAUCUUGAGGGUGACGACAAGCGCGGUGAGUACGUUCUGCGGGAGUUUGGAAAGGUGUACCAGUCCUGGAAAGUGGACAGGAACACCUGGAUGAAGGUCUUCAACGGAAAACCCUGGAACUAUGGACAGUUUGAGCCCGAGAUCCUGGAAGCGUGUCUGGGUCUGCUGGACCGCUCCGGCGUGUCCGUCAUGUCCCGCGGGAGCCCGGUCGCCGUCACCAGAGUGGUGUCACAAAUGGUGAACAGCCAGGACGACAACGGCGUGCUGGAGGGGAACUGGAGCGGGGACUACUCCGGAGGGGUGGCGCCCUGGAUCUGGAACGGCAGCGUGCGGAUCCUGCAGCAGUACCACAGGACCAAACAGCCCGUCAGCUACGGGCAGUGCUGGGUCUUCUCCGCCGUCACUACCACAGUUCUCCGCUGUCUCGGCAUUCCCUCUCGCAGCGUGACCAAUUUCUCCAGUGCGCAUGACACGGACGGCAGCCUGACCAUCGACAAGGUUGUUGACGAGUACGGCAACCUGCUGGAGGACAGCGACUCCGUCUGGAACUUCCACGUGUGGAACGAGGCGUGGAUGGCGCGGACGGACCUGCCGAAGGGGUACGGAGGGUGGCAGGCCCUGGACGCCACUCCGCAGGAGAAGAGCAGUGGCAUAUUCUGCUGCGGUCCCGCCUCGGUUAAUGCCAUCAAACACGGCGAGGUUCAGUACAACUUUGACGCUCGCUUCAUCUUUGCCGAGGUCAACGCGGACAAGGUCCACUGGUGCCAGCAGAGGGACGGGUCAUGUUACGUUGCCGGCAUGGAGAAGGGAACAAUCGGGAGGUUCAUCAGCACCAAGGCUGUGGGAAUCAACGACCGAGAGGACAUCACGGAGAACUACAAGUUCCCGGAGGGUUCUGAGGAGGAACGCGUGGCGGUGCAGAGAGCGGCUCAGUACGGCUCCCGUCGCAGCACGGGCCAGAACCCGUACCAGUCCGCCACCAGCGACGUCGAGUUCUCCCUGAAGGACGACGGCUCCGUCCCGAUUAACGAGGAUGCCGAUUGUACGAUCACGUUGAAGAACACUUCCAGUGAAAUCCGCAACGUGACGCUGCUGUACGUUGCCAACAUCGUGAAGUACACCGGAGUCCAGCACCGGAAACUGCGUAAGGAGAAGAUCGAGGUGGAACUGAAGCCUAAGUCGACUGAGAGCGUGAACGUGGCCGUGAACCCCAUGGAGAGCAUGGAUCACAUGGAGGACAAGUGCGCGCUCAAGUUUCUCUUCAUGGCGCAUGUGCAGGAGACCGGACAGACCUACGCCACCGAGAGGGUCGUGGACAUCGACUUCCCGGACCUGGACGUCAAGGUUCUGGGAAAGACAGACCUGGGUCAGCAGGUGGCGGCGGCCAUCACCUUCACCAACCCGCUGGACCGGGUCCUGACCAACUGCGAGUUUAACAUCGAGGGGCCUGGGCUGCAGAAACCUAAAACCGUGUUCUUCCGGAACAUCCGCCCGGGUGAAACGGUGAAGAUUGAGGAGAGGUUCACGCCCAAACGUGCGGGCCUGAAGGAGAUCGUGGCAAACUUCAGCAGCAGUGAGCUGUGUGACAUCACCGGUGAGGCCGAGGUGCAGGUCGGCCUGGUGCUCCACCGCUAAAGCAGCAGUUCGCCGAGCGAUCGCCAGGGAGCUCUCGCUUGCAUAGACUGCCAAAGAUACAAUGUGCAAUAGAAGCCGUUUAAUUGCACAGCCUAUUUGCCAGCGUAUUUCGUGCAAUUGUCCGGCUGGUGCGAUAAUGCGAAAUUAUCCAGCUGGACCGCACUGGUUUGGGAUUUGGAGAUUCCGUGCAGUUAAUUGAAGUAUGCUUUAAUCCGUUGUGCAAUCAACUGGCUUCUACUGUACUGUGUAUUCUAGUUAAUGUAUAACGAACAAGAAAGUAAACAAAACGUCUCAAGGGAGUUGAUAAGCUGUGACGCGCCUUAUGACUUUGGAAAUGGUGAAAGGUUUUUGUUGUGAGAAGUAUGAAGGGUGUAGUUUCUGGCGGCUACUUGCCUGGCCUGAAUCCAUGCAUGACGGUUACACCCGGUUACACCAUGUACUAGGUAAAACGCAUACGGAGUGAGUAUAUAGCGUUCACGUCUGGAUUUCAGGCUAGGUCAGUAGGGUCGGGUGAGAUGAUGAGGUGCGACUUUCCAUGUAUCUGUAUCUGUAUUUAUAUAGCCGGUAUAACCGCCCUUCGGCGUAACACAUCAGUUUUGUGGCGAUAUGACUGUGGCGAACUGGCAAUGUGACGAAACAACCUGUAACCGACCAUAGAACACCGAUACAGAACAGAAAGAGAUAACAAUAAUAUCUUAUGCAAAUACUGCACGAAUUCAAAUAUUUGCUAUUUCAUGACAAAAUUAAAUCUCAUAACUCAAGCGA